CGGAAUGGUGAUUUGCUGUAACAUGAGGGCUAUUUUAGUAAUUAAAUUUACAAGAAAAAACCCUAGCCCAAAUAAAAGCUUCAAGACGUCCAUUGGUUCUUCCUAUCAGCAGUGCCCGCGACCAUACGCCUCUGCCGCCAUGUCGAAACGAGGACGUGGAGGUUCUGCCGGGAACAAAUUCCGGAUGUCGUUGGGACUUCCGGUGGCCGCGACUGUGAACUGCGCCGACAACACCGGGGCCAAGAACCUCUACAUCAUUUCCGUGAAGGGGAUCAAGGGGAGGUUGAAUCGCCUGCCUUCCGCCUGUAUCGGGGAUAUGGUUAUGGCCACAGUCAAGAAAGGGAAGCCCGAUCUGAGGAAGAAAGUGAUGCCGGCCGUCAUCGUUCGUCAACGCAAGCCCUGGCGCCGAAAGGAUGGUGUCUACAUGUAUUUUGAAGAUAAUGCUGGUGUGAUCGUGAAUCCUAAGGGAGAGAUGAAAGGAUCAGCUAUUACGGGGCCUAUUGGCAAGGAGUGCGCUGACCUGUGGCCUAGGAUUGCCAGUGCAGCAAAUGCUAUUGUUUGAAUUUUGAACAUUCCAAUGGUUUUGGUAGUACUUGUUUCAGUUUUACGAUCGUCUUCGAUUUGAUGGAAAAAGUUUUCAUUUUGACAAUAGAGAUUUUCUUUUUAUUGAGUA